GACGCAGGAGGUCCUCACUGUGGCCCGGUCCUCAUCGCCCGAGGAGGAUGACCCUUCAAGGAUCGCCCAUGAUGAAAUAUACGAAGGCUCAAAGAACCCUCUGCGACUUACCCAGAAGAUCAACGCCCCCUUUUCGUGCGCGAUGGACCUCCAGAAUUUCCCCUUCGACACUCAGCAUUGCAAGUUGUUGAUCAGAAUCACCUCCGCCCGCGAGGAAUUCCUACGGUGGAGCGACCUCACAGUCCAGUAUCUUGGGGAGAGACUGCUAACAGAAUACGAGUGGGAGACAUGACGAUACAGCGGCGGGAGGAGGACGAGUACAGCGUGGCGGUCGUCGGCAUGAUCUUCUACCGUCGCUACUGGUACUACCUGACGUCGGCCUACCUGCCCACCAUCAUGCUCAUGCUCAUUAGUUACGCGUCCCUCUUCUGCAAGCGGGACAAUCGGGAUCUGAGGGUCAUGAUGGCCAUCACGACGCUGCUCGUUCUCUACGCCCUCUACCAGCAGAUCUCGGAUGGCCUGCCGAGGACCUCGUACACCAAGGCGGUUGAUGUCUGGUGCUUCUUCGCGAUUACAUUCAUAUUCUCGCAGGUGAUAUCCACGUGGCCAUGUGCCAUCGACGUCGAGAUGAGCUGGCCUCGACGCGUGCGCGCUUCGCCGAGGGUCAAGGAGAUCGACCUCGCCAACAAGCCUCGACGUCGCUUCCCUGCUCUCGUCGUCGCUCGAAUCGUCUACGCCCUCCUGCUGGUGUUCUUCUGCUUGAUCUACUGGGCCGUGGUUCUCGUCGAUAAGAACCGGGGCGAGAUGGAGCACGAAUUUUGA